AGCUCUGAGCAGAAACCAGCGCUUGGGAUAAUGGCACCCAGUGCUCUCUCCUUGGAAAUCCUAACACCCAAAGAGAAGAACAGACUCAGGAAACCCAUUGUAGAGAAACUGCGCCGCGAUCGGAUUAACAGCAGCAUCGAGCAGCUGAAACUGCUGCUGGAGAAGGAGUUUCAGAGACACCAGCCCAACUCCAAGCUGGAGAAAGCCGACAUCCUAGAGAUGACUGUCAGCUACCUGAAAUACAGCCGAGCUUUUGCAGCGUCUGCCAAAAGCCUACAGCAGGAUUAUUGUGAAGGGUAUGCCUGGUGCCUUAAAGAAGCUCUGCAAUUUCUGUCUCUCCAUUCAGCAAACACAGAAACCCGGAUGAAGCUGAUCUGCCAUUUCCAGAGGUCACAAGCAGUGCCCAAGGACUCUGGUUCUUCUUCUGCACCCGCUUCCACCCACCAGCUCCCUGCAAAACAAGCAGCACUGAAACCCUCCUGCAGCCUCUGGAGGCCUUGGUAG